AUGAAAAGAAUACCUUCGCUUCCCUUCAAGCCCGAGGACUUUGUCCGGUACCCCGAGCAUGCUUGUCUGGCCAAAGACGCCACAGCGCCGGCCCCGGAGCUCAUCUCGGAGCUCCACGCCAUCGUAAAGACGGGCACUCCCCGGGAGAUCAAAAUCGCCAUGGAGAACGCCGGGUACGACUGCGACGCGCCCGGGGUGGCUGUGAUGUUCAUGGCAAUCGAGCCGACGACGGGCGACUCGCUCAUGCACACAGCGGCCGCGGCGCAACGACCCGACGCGAUGGACGCCCUCCGGCACUUCAGGACGCACAACGCCGCAUAUUACGACAACCCUUUCUACGCGCUGUACACGCAUCAGAAUCACGCGGGUGACACCAUCCUCCACGUGGCGGCGCGAUCUGGAAAGCUGGCGGUCGUCGCUGCCGCGUUCCAGGUGUUUCGGCAUGAGCAUCUGAUUCUCGAUGAGGAGAAGUUGCGCUCGGGACAGGAUGCUGAGGGGCAUAUGUGGGAUGAUGACAAUGAGGAAGCGUACCACAUGCGCAUUGGUGGGGUUCUGUUUCUCGUCAGGCAGAAUUCCGAGGGUCGGACUGCGGCCGAUGAGGCGAGGGCACUUGGUUUUGGCGACAUUGUUGCGUGGUUGGAGAGGACUGUAAAGGCGUAUGAUACCAAAGGUGAAAGCAGCGAUCCUUCGAUCUUGCAACUAUGGCAGGACAGCUGUAAUGAGUAUUACGGUCUACCAUGA